CUAAGUUUCAGCACGCCUACCACAAGGAGCUUCGUUUGCUUAGCGCUGCUGUAGCGGGGACUGUGAAGAGGCACUGUGAGGCGGUAAAGGCCCCCUUUCGCAGGUGUUGCUUGCGAGAAAUUUCAGAAGCUAAUCAGCAGAUCAAGGCUCUUGGCGCCGAAAUCAUUCGCCUAUCCCUUCCCGGAACACUGGAACUGCGGUGCCACAAGGGCUCUUUCCCGUUCUAGCCAGCUCACUGUAGCUUUUACUUCCACCGCCAACACACCCGUUACCCCUCACUCUAACCUUAAAAACUCUAAUCUGCUUCACCUGCCUCCUUUUUCGUCAUUGUACUAAACUUUGGAGCUUUACUCUUUCUAAGCCGCAUCGGCAAUCGAUCUUAGAUACAUACAAGAUCGGAACCCAAAUCAGAAUCGACAAACCCUGAACUUGUACACAAUGAUCGAGACUCGUCUGAACGUGGUCCUCAUCGGCCUCAUCGCGCUGGUGCUCCUUGCACGACCAGUUGCUGCUUUCGGCGCUGGUAACAUUGCUUCCGUUUCAAAGGUUGAGGGCCAGAACUGGCGCCACGGUGACAUUGAGGAUGCAUUGCUCUCCCUCGUUAUGGCUCGUGCGCUUAACGGCAAGAAAUUCAACAAAAUCAACGUCUCUCGUGUCUACUUUGGUAACUGGCUCCGUGAUUACUCCCAGGCAAUUGAUGUCGGUACGGUCAAGGCCGUGUCUGCUGAGGCCAUUCGACUCCUCCUCUGCGUUCUUGGCUUCCUUACCUUUGGCUACGGUUCUGGCGAAUUCGAAGUCACUGCUGAGCGAUUGGGCUGCUACCGCCCCGAAGACCACAUCGAUAACCCCAAAGACUACGCUGACAACAAAGAUGCGCGCGACUACGACCCUCGACUUCGUGGCCCCAUCGACGAGGGCGUCGAACUGGCCAUUGACGAGCGAACCGGUAUGAAGAACUACAUUGCCAACGAAAAUGCCAACAUCAUGACCUCUGCUCAGCACGUUCGAAACCUCUUUAACCGCUGCAUUGAUCUGGGGAGACGCUACAAGAACAGCGGCAACAAAGCUGAGAAGUACGAGGCUCUUCGUCUCAUGGGCACUGGACUGCAUUGCUUGGAAGACUUUUUCGCCCACAGCAACUACUGUGAAUUGGCGUUGAUUGAAAUGGGUGAGCGAGAUGUCUUUCCCCACGUUGGUUCCGACACUCGCAUUCGCCUCGAAGGUGCUAACGACGAUGUUUAUCCCGUUGUCACUGGCACCUUUGGUGGUGUGGAUUUCCUCCACUCCGUUACUGGUGAAGUUUCUGAUAAGCUAACGCAAAACGAAAUCGACGAGCUUGAAGGCACCCUUAAGCAGAGCAAGGCUUCUGAUACCAGCUUCCUUCGUGAGCUUCUCGACAAAAUUCCUAGCAGCCUUCUGGGCAGAAACCAUGCCGAAGAAAUCGAUCAGAUUCAGUCCAACGCGCAAGCAGCCCAGCUAGAAAACGUGGCUGUCUCUCCCCGAAACGAGGAGGAGUUUACCCUCUACAUCAAGAACAUCUACGCACAGAUCAUGCCAGUUAUUCGCUUCCAUGACGAUAUUAUGAAGACCGUCGGUGGCGCUAUAGACCAUAUCCCUGUUCUUCCCAAGAUUGUGGACCAGCUAGAGGAGCAGUUGUCCAUCUUUGUCUUCUCUAUCAUGGCUCCGUUCAUUGUCCCAUUGAUUCGACAGAUUCGCAACGAGCUUCGCACUGGCUCUGAGGAGAUUAUCCAGAGCAGUGAUGAUCAACAGCAUAUCGUCUUCAACGACUCCCGAAGCAGUGACCCAACCCACUCUAUGUUGUCCAAGGAUCACUUUUCCAACAUUUUAAACGAAGUUGCUGGUAGAACUGCAGCAAAAACUCUUCACUGGGUAGUUCCGCAGCUGAUGGAGGCCAUGGACGACGACAACGUCGACGUCAACCGCCUGUGUGACCGAAUCAUUACCGGAGUCAUGCAUCACCCCGCCCAGCGCAACAUGGGUGAAGAUGGCGCUAGAGAAGCUCGUGGUCAAAUUUUCGAGUCUGUCGUUGACUGGUGGCGCCAGAUGGACAAUGGCCAGCGCGAGGACUAUAAGCGUAAGCUCUCACGCGACGGUGUCUUCCGGGGCGAGAACCACAAGGAAGGCGUUCAUGAUACUGGUCACGGCCACGGUUGCAGUGGAAAGCUAGAGAUGCGUCGUCUUUAUGGCGAACCCGAGACGGUUGAGACCAAGAUUGCUGGUGCUGCUGCUCAGGCCAUCUUCCAGGGCGCUUCCAACGCCCUUGGUAACGUUGUAGAGCAGCAGACUGGCUACAGAAUUCCCAACACCCAAAACAAUACCAACAGCGAGGAGGGAGGCUUCAGUGGCUUCUUGCACUCUGCCGGUCAGAUCAUCAAAGACGCAUUGGGCAAGGAGCAACGAGACAAUCGUCACAACGAGGACAAUGACAGCCGUCGCAACGAGUACAAUGACAAUCGUCGCAAUGAAGACAAUGACAGCCGUCGCAAUGAAGACAAUAACAAUCGUCGCAAUGAGUACAAUGAGAACCAGCGCAACGAGUACGAUGACAACCGGCGCAAUGAGUACAACGACAAUCGUCGCAACGAGCACAAUAACAACCUGCGCAACGAGUAUGAUGAUAAUCGUCAUAACGACUACAAUGAUAAUCGUCGCAACGAGCACAAUAACAACCGUCGCAAUGAGUAUGAUGAUAGUCGUCGCAAUGAGUAUGAUGACAAUCGUCGCAAUGAGUAUGAUGACAAUCGUCGCAACGAGUAUGGUGGCAACCGUCGCAACGAGUACGAUGACAGCCGUCGCAAUGAGUAUGAUGGAAAUCGUCGCAACGAGUAUGAUGACAACCGGCGCAAUGAGUAUGAUGACAACCGUCGCAACGAGUACCGCUAAGCUCUUAGCGUCUCGACGGGACGCUAUCUUGUCAGAAAACGGUGUGCAUUUUGUGUUGUUUAUGGGGUGAUGAGUUAGCGUUGGAGUACAGGUGUGGCAUAACUGGGGGCUGGUGAUGAGAUAUGAAGAUGAGUUACUGACAAUUGCAUGUCACUUGAUAGUAAAUAUAAAAUGAAGUUGACGUUGAAUUUGGACACGCGAGGCUUGCUGUGGCGGUGGCUGAAAUGUCCAUCGUGGCUGUUACCCUACACAUUUU